AUGACUAGCAUCGACACCGUUCCAGAGAUUGGAUAUGCAUUUCUCAAGACCUAUUACCAGCGCAUGCACCAAGAUCCGUCCAAACUGCAUCAUUUGUACUCCACUACUGCGGAACUAACCCAUGUGAAUUAUCAAAACGAAUGGGACAUGAACAAUGAGCAAUUGCCCACGGUAAAGCUCAUCGGAAAGGAAAAUAUCAGCAAGUUUUACACCAGACACACCAAAAAAGUACGUUCGAUUCAGGUCAAAGUCGAAGGCUGCGAUUUUCAGUCCGCAGGAGCUAAUAGUUCGAGCAUUCUCAUCCUAGCGGUGGGCGAAAUGUGCUGGUCUGAGACCCCGGCGUUCCGGUUUUGCCAAACCUUUUUGCUCACUCCGGUGCCUAGCAACCCUAAAAUUUACGAUCUCACUAAUGACAUCCUACGUUUCAUACCUCAACCGUUACUCCAGAUAGAACACUCGUAUUUCAAAGAAGCGAGUGAACUGGAAUCAAAAAAUGUUGCAGAAAGUACACCACAAGUUCCAGAAGAACCAAAGCAAGAAGAGGUAUCGUUAUCAGUCACACCAUUGCAAAAUGGGGACAAAAAAGAGACAACAGAAAAGAGCGCACACAUCCAGUUACCAGCGAAACCUUCUAAAAGCUCUAAAAAGGAGGAAGUUACCGCAAACCUGGAGCCUGUGAAUGGCGAAGCGGUGGCCAAGAAGUCAAGCGAGGAAGUCAAAGAACUUCCAACUGCCGAAAAAACGGACGCCUCGCCUGCAGCGAAUGAGAAAUCGCCUUCUCAGCCCGAAAUGGAUGAAAAAAUUGAGAAUAAUUCAGAGGAAGUGGAACAUUCCACGAGUAACGGCACCACGAAUGAAAAAAGCGUUGAACCUGAGAAGUCUGUAGCUCCGGAGCCAGCCAAAAAGAUGAACUGGGCUUCGAAACUGGCAGCUUCCGAUUCGAAGGACGUUCCUAACAUCACAACAAAAUAUAUACGUGCUGAACCAGAGGCAACACAACCGGUAAAGAAGACAUCAGAAAGAAAGUCGGUGUCACCAGGUGGUGCAACACGGGACGGAAAAGAUGCUAAAAACCUGAAAAAGAAGCAGUUCUACUUCGUGAACAAAGAUGGCUACUAUCCAGUAUACGUUAAGGGAACAGGUGGAGUCACUGACGAUCAGCUGGUAAGGGCUCUAGAGAGUGAAUUUGGCGUGGUAAAAAAAAUCUCAUCGCAGCUAACAUUCGCAGUGGUCGAUUUCGAGGAUCAACGCUGUCAAACUGAUGCUAUCGAGAAAGGAACGUUGAAGGUCAAUAACGUAGAUGUUCACAUGGAGCCGAAAACGAUACCCAAGACUAAUUCAUUCACUCCUACUUCCUCCUCUCCCACUUCUUCUAACCCUCCCAUCGGCCAGCGUUACAGUAAAAAACACACCAGCAAGAGAAGAGUGUAA